CAUCGCGUGAGAUCGUCAGGAUGAUCAAAAUAUCAGCGCUCAACGAGGAAUCGAGUGAGGAAAGCGAGGAGGAGGAUGUACCCACGAUUACUAAAGAGGCACAGGAGCAAAUAGCAUUGACAGAAUACAAUAAAGCCUUAGAGUUAUUGAAAGAGAACAAACGAGAGGAAGCACUGGUUAUUUUUAAGGAUCUCCUAGAGACCGAAUUGCUGGAUGAAGUGGUAAAGCCUGAAGUGCCAGAUGGUAGGUCCAGACCAAUGUUAUCUUUGAAAUAUUCCUGCUUCAAGAAUAUUGCCGCCAUCCAGGCAGCCUGUGAGAAUUAUAGAGAUGCCGUGGAGAAUUAUUGGGAGGCUGCGAACUUGGAUGAUUCGGAUGUAACGCUAUGGCAUAGGAUUGGUACAUUAGCUAUGAAGACUUCUAAUCUAGAAUUAGCUUGCUCGUCUUUCAAGCAAGGUCUGAAGUGUAACGUCAAUCAUUGGCCAUGCUUAGAUAACUUAAUAACUGCCUUAUACGCCGUUCCCGAUUAUAUGAACUGUCUAUUAUACAUUUCUGUGGCGUUAGAAAGGGAUCCUAAUUAUGUGAAGGGUUUGGCUUUCCGUGACAGAAUAUUUAAAGAUAUUCCGUGUAUGGAAGAGUGUUACAAAUUGUACAAUAGCGAUUGGCAAUUGGAUCCACCUUUAUAUACUGAGUAUGAUCAUGUUUUGGGUGAUAAAUUAUUAGCAGAGGCGAAGGAAGUUUCCAGAAAAUGGGCAGAAGUUUGCAAAGCAGAGUUUACGCCAAAACCUCUGCCGGAGUUGACCUUAAGAAUGCCUUUGACAAGCUGUACAUGGUUGGCUCUUGGAGAAAGUAUAUUAGACAUGCAUAGGUAUAUCACUGAAAACAAUUUAAAUUUUGUUAGUAGAAUCAUAUUACCAGUUCAAAAACCUGACGAUAAGAAUACAGUGAGUAAUGAGACCGAGAUUAUAGAAAGUAAUGUAAAUAUAAUGGAAAUAGAUCAACAGAAUGAUUCAACUCCGAAUGGAGAGAAUGAUAUCAGCAAAUCUAUUAAAAUUGAAACUGAAGAUUGUGAGAUGUCGGAUGACAAUCAAGUUUUCAAUACAGAUACAGCAAUGGAAAUUGAAAUCGAGGAGGAUAAAAAAUCUUGCUCAACUGACGUUCAAAUAGUUGAAGACGAAGAUGUAUUGAGAAUGUCUGACACAGACGGUUUACAAUGCGAAGAACAGGCCGAAACGAAAAAUAUGGAAUCAGAGGAACAGGGACCCUUUGAAACAGAUGCAAAUAUCGAUAAGUUGGAAGGCGAUAAAGUCACGGACGAUGUUUAUAACAUGGAUAAUGGAGUACCUAAUGAGAAAUCUAGUGACAAGGAGAGUGAUAAAUCAAGUGAUAAAACUUCUGAAAAAGGUGCUGAGAAGACGAGCGAUGGGAUGUGCAAGACCGACGAUAAAACUAAUUCCGAGAAAGCGGACGGAAAGGAAGAAGGACAGAAGGUGAAGAAAAGGCGCAGAAGUGCAUUAUGUUUUUUGCAGCAAUGGGCUUGGAGUUGCAGCAGUAUGAGACGAUCUGCGAGAGUAAGAGGUUCAAAUAGAAGAGAAGCAGAAAGAGACGAUGUUCAGUUAGAAGAAACGCUUAAACGACUGUUUCCUAGUACUUUAUUACCUGAUACAGUGAGAUUGACUAAAGAUGAUGCUACUAAAAAUCUCGAUGAUUCUAUGGACACUAUGGAUAUGUAUCAGUUAUUUGCGAAUCAAGAAACUAAUAAAAAUAUGGAAACUCUCAAAAGCUCAGAAAGCUCUAAAUCGCCAAGUCCUGACACAAGUCAACCACAGAAGUAUUUUGGAUCAGAGGUCGAAACUGCUGAUAUAGAUGCAUUUAUAAAUCAGCAUAGUGGUAAAAGUAAUUUAAUGAUAAUUAUCGCAAAAUUUGCAGAAUUUUUAUGUACUAAAUGGAAUCAAGAAUGGCCGAAAGGAAUGUCAGAUAUUUACUUGCAAGCAUACAUCUUUAUGAGACAACAUGUCCCACAUUUAUCUCCAUUUGAUGAGGAUGUCAAUGAUAAAGUUCUAAAAUUAGAUACCGAAAUGACAUUGUUAUUUGGUGAGCUUCAUACGGACAGAUGGCUAGAUAAUAAACCAGAUACCGUGCCAAAUCCAACACUAGAUAAACUUGGUACUGGAAUACCAGCUGAAGAAUUAGGACAUAUAAUAUUUGCAAGUGUUAGACAGGAUCUUUUAAGUGAAGAAAAUUUAAACACCUUACUGAGAAUUUUAUGGCUUAAAAGUAAUAUUUUCCUGUGCCAAGGUGAUAUAGACAUAGUCAUAGAAACACUAGAAUUGUUAUUGAAUCGUCUACAUGAAAUGGAAAGUAAAAGUCUAAAUCCAUGUAUUAUGCUUCUCAAUUGUAAAAAUAAUUCUCAAAUCAGUACCAAACUUGUGAAGAAAAAACUUACAUCAAUUCAGAGAGGUCAAAAGUUAGGUGAAAUUCAACAUUUGUAUGAAGAAAAGAAAUAUGCAGAAUUGUCUUAUAUAUUGCAAGAUACUUUUAAAUUUGCCAAACAAAGACACAAACUAUUGGUAACUAAUGAAAAUAUUGUUGACAGAGUUCGACAAUUAAAUAUGUUGCUUGACAGCUUGUGGCAACUUAAACAGUAUGAGGAAUGUUACGUCUGGGCAGAAGCUUGUCUAAAUGAAUCGUGGCAAAAUUAUUUGAGCUCUUCUGACGAAACUGAGCAGAAAAAGUGGACGAGUUCUGUUGUAACAGCACUUGAAAAAUUAGAAGCUUGUACUAUCGAAGUCAGCGUAUUCAUCGUGAAAUAUUUGCCAGAGUCUCGUUUAUCGAGAUUGGUACAAAAUCUAGUUCACAUUGUUUGUCAUCAAUUGGAUGUACCAGAAAGCGCUGUGGAGAUGCCGUUGGAAACUGUUCUACCGUGGAUUCUGUUACAUUACAUUUUGCAAUACGAAGAAGAUAAAGAGAGAGCAAAGACUGAAUCCUCUUAUAAAAAUAAAUUGCAUAGUUCUCAUCAUUCCGAAUCGGAUGACGAGGACGAUGGUAUUCCACCGUCCAUUAUGAUUUUAUUCACUGCCCACGAAUUUAUCGGUAGACAUUCAUGGUGUUGUUUCAACGAGGCGAAACUUCUAUUCUUUAUUAUGAAUCUUAUUAUACCGCAACUUGAAACCCCUCUAUACGUUUCUAUCAAGAACAGACUUACGAAAUAUUUGGAACAGAUAUUCUAUUGCCUAUAUGGUCAUCCAAAUAGAGUAAAUAAGACGCGGCCGAAAUAUCUUCAGGAUCAUGGAGUACCGCAAAUGGAAUUAACUUGGGAUGGGGCGCAGCUACUGUUUGACUUUUAUAAACCGAAACAGCUGCCAAACUUUCAAUCUUCCAAAAUUCAUUCUAUCAGCAUGGAUACAGAGAUAUUGUUUAAGAGAAUAAUCAGAUUAGUCCCGCAAGACAGUGAUCCAAGUCAAAUAGUGGAUGAAAUGACAGCGUAUAUACUCGGCACGAAAGACAAGAUGCCGAGCGUAAUAAAACCUUUACCGCACGCGAUAUCUACCAUUUAUUAUUUAUUGGGUGAUUUUUACUUCAAGAAUAAUAAAUGGGAACAUGCAUGCCGAUAUUAUCUGCUAGAUUUAUGUUUAUAUCCAAGAGGAUUGAAUUCGUGGGCAGGUUUAGCUAUGGCGACAGGCAGCAUAAUAGAGAAUUGGUUAAACAGUUACAGACCUAUAGGAAAAGAUAAGUUUCUCAAUAAGGCAAAGAUGGCACAGUCAAGUUAUCAACAUGCUAUCGAGUUGGCACCUGGUCAUUCUGUAAUUUGGACGGAGUAUGGGAAUUUUGUUUACAUGGUUCAUUCAUUUUGUUCGCGAUUGCUCAAGCAAGAGACCGACACGUUGAGUAUGGAGAGAUUUGAAAUUCUGGAAACUAGAAAGGAAGAAAUGCUAAAGAUUGCAGAUCAAUGCUUUGAAUCUGCUAAUCGGAUAUGUCAAACUAUUGAAGAACCAUCUAUGCAACAUGAUGAAAGAUGGCUUUAUCAAUAUAUGCUUGGCAAAGUUGCAGAAAAGAAAAAUCAAGAUCCUCCUGUAUUCUUGGAACAUUAUGCAAAGGCUAGUGAAUUGUUAUAUGAGAAUAACGCUUACUAUCCACGUAGAGUUAGCCAUAAGAGCCCGCAGAAUUUAUCUAUAGAGGCACUAGAAGUUCAUUAUCGCAUUCACGCAAGUAUACUAAAAUAUUUGGAACAACACGAAGGAAAGCCACUGAAGAAAUCGUUAGGUCAAUUGUUUCGCUGGCAUCUUAAAAAUUGUUCCGAAGGUCCCUUUAUGAAGUAUCAAUCUAAACUUAAUGAAAAGAAAAAGGAAGAGCUCGCCGAUAAUGAAAAAAAUAUUUCGAAGGAACUCGAUGGUACAGCGGACAUGGAUAAAAAUAUAAUAUGUCAACGCUCAAAUAGUAUCGAGGAAAUAGAAAUCGUAGAUAAGUCAAACAAAAUUAUUGACAUUAAGUCUACAGAAUUAGGAAAGUUUGAAAGCCGUAAGAGAUUUCCCGAUGAACUGUCACAUGACAAUACGAAGAGAAUAAAAUUAAGUAGUGUUUCGCACUUACAAUUAAUGCAAGACGUCGUAGCUUUAAUAGACGAUUUAAUUACUAAAGUUUGCAAUAUGGUGUCGCAAAAGGAGAAAUCGAACGAUGAUAUAAUGAUUAUAUCUAGUGAUGAAAGUAACGAAUCAAAGUUACAAAAAAGGAAACUAGAAAGCAAAAAUGCUGAUAAAGCAAGAUCACAUCCAAAAACAGAUGAGAAUAAGAAAAGUUCGACAAAUAUACUGACAGUCGACUCUGAACGAAAAACUGACGAUGUACAGGAUUUAAUGGAUGCUCUCAUGAAACAGGCGAUGGAAAGUAGUCAGGAAACUCAACAAUCUUCAGCAGAUGACGAGGAUACCAGAAGAUUUGAUGGCAAGUGGUUGCAGAACGAAGAUUUACAAUCUACUGAAAAAGAAAGUAAAGACAAAGUAGAAGAAAGAAGAAAAAUACAAGCCAGCGCGAAUGAAGAAAUGACUUUAAGUAGAAGAGGUUCUCAAGAAAGCACCACUACCACGCAAACCACAACUACGACUACAGAAACAAAUAAUUCGAGUUCUAGUAGUAGUGAAGAAUCUAGCAGCAGUGACGACAGUUCUGAUAGCGAUAGUUCUAGCGAUAGUGAUAGCGAAUCUGUCGACAGCGAUGUGGACAAGAAGAAAAAAGAUUCUGAUAAUAUAGAAAACGAGGAACAGAUGCCAGAGGAAGAAGUAGCAUCAUUAAUCGCAUAUUGCUUAGCUGGUUUGGAACAGUGUAUAUUAAGAUUCGCAGAACAUCACAAGUCAUUUUACAGACUUUCACAUUUCUUUUUUAAUAAUAAAAAGGCAAAGAAUAUCAUGAAAUGUAAGGACCUCUUAUUAGGGACAUAUACUUGUCAAUUCUAUCCUGGACAAACAUUUCAAGGACUUUUUGCUGAGAGAAGAAGCACUAACUUUUUUAACGGAGUAUGGCAUAUACCAGUCAAUGAAAUAGACAGACCUGGAAGUUUCGCCUCACAUAUGUCGAAAUGCGUAACGUUACUCAUGCAAGUAUUGAAAGAAAGCAAUGACAGUCGAAUGUUAAUGCAAUUAUGCAUACAGCUCGGAAAAAUUCCAGAUUCAGAUAAAAAAUACUUACGUGAUUCUGAAAGAGAACAGUUAUCUCGACAAGCUCUGACACUUUGUCAACAGUCGCUCAGGAGUAGAGUUCAGGCGAUGGGUUCGGCAAGCACGAUUGAUAGCGUUCACCUCAUUCGAACAGACGCUAGAACACAAGUAUUAUUAGAUGUAUAUGAAACAUAUCAGCUUGUUCAAAAACAUUUACAAGGCAAAGAAUCGACUAUACAAGCAUUUGCAACAUUAUUAACUGAUACAUACAAAAUGUAUAUAGGGAAUAAAAACUUGGAAGGAAAUGUCUUGGAGAUUGCUAUCAAGUGUUGUCAACGCCAAAUACAAGCAAAUAAAAUCGCAUCAAUCAAUAGCAGCAAUAGCUCUCAUGUCCCACCACAAGUGACUUCUACUGUUUCGACCCCUGCGCCGCAAGUGCCAGUGAAUUCAACAUCUCCGCAAACGUUACAAAAUCGUAAACCGCAUCGAAAUCUGAUGUCUACUGGACGUCCAAGAGGACGUCCGCCUAACGUUAACAAAUAUUUGCAACAUGCUCUGCAACAAAGUGGCAACAUAAUGAAUCAGUUUGGUUCCAAAAGUAACUUUACGAAUUACCUGGGUGCAUCCGGACCAAAUCGUCCUAUGCUGAAUCCUUACUUUAUGAACCCAUUGGUCGAUGCGAAUAUGUUAUCGGCUUUACUCGCCAGCGGAUUAAGCAGUAAUAUGAUGGAUCCCCUGGCGGCUAUGUCUUAUUUAAAUCAAGUAGGAAGUUAUCAAGACUUUCUCAGACAGUAUCAGAACAACUUGUCGUCAUUAACCAAUCUUGCUAGCGGCCUAAACAAUCCUGGUACCACUAUGACCGGCAUCAGCAAUGUUUCGACAAUGAGUACAUCUAGCUCGAAUAUUAAUACUUCGAGUAACAUCACUAAUUUAAGUAAUAUAAAAGGUUCUUUAGACCCUAUGACAGCGUCAGUGCAACAAUUAUUGAGUUUAAGUAGUUCUACAGCGUCAACCUCGCGACCCACUCCUAUGUACCAUCAAGCAACGACGGCCAAGACGACUGGCACGACUAUGUCAUUGACGAAAGACCGACCUAACAUAUCUAUAACGCCAGUUUCCACUUCAAUGAGCCAGCAAACUCAUCUUAAGACGAAACAGCCCAGUAAGCAACCAAGCUCGCAGACCGAACCGGUGUUACCCGUCCACAUUCCUAAAUCGCUUCAGAUAUCGCCAACGAAACCAUUGCACACAUCCAACACAACAGCACAGGUGUCCCUGCUGAAGCCAUCUAUUAUGCAACAAGUGAAAAGCAGUCCGCCGAAACAAAUGACCGCGCCACAAAUACGGGUUUCGAAAUCGUUAACGGAACCGCAACCCGCGCAUAACCCGUCGCUGUCGCAUUCGCCUUUGAAAAAUAGCGGAAGCACCGUGACGACGAAUCCGACUGUAGCUAUGCCGCACGUCGCUCAUCCGUCUAUGGCCGCACCGGUAAUCAACAUGAAACAGCAACAAGCAUUGCCCAUGAACUUACCGCGACCCGGUACGUCGUUGCAGCAUAAAUUACUAUCGAAGAAAAAUUCCCAACGACCUUAUUCGGCACAAACGAACAUGCCAAAUCAUCCCGUGAGAAAGGCAAAGUCAACGGCCAAAACGACGGCGAUGCCAGUGCCGAUGUCUGGCAAUUUUCCAAAUUUACUAAACGCAAUGCCACAAGCGGGUUCGGCUGCGAUAUCGCAACCACCUUUUAUUCCUCCGGAAUUAAGCGGCAUCUCAGUAAAUCCCGUUGGUUCGCAGCACGGCAUCAAAACUGCCGCAAGCGCAAAAUAUCACAGCUAUAAAAAAACAGUGAGUAAGCCAAAACCACCUACGGCGAUGGAAGUACCGAGUUCAUUGCCCGCUUCAUUCCCUCCGGGCAGUUCGGUCGAGGCACUUUCAAUGCUGUCGCAAUUACAACAGCACUCACACUUGGAAAUCAUACCGCAACAGAAGACAUCAUUAAAACCAAGCGUGGAUUAUUCAAAAACUCUCUCUUCCGUGAAUGUAGUACCACCGAAGAUUUCGGAGACUUUAAGACCAUCAACAACCGCUGAUUGUAUAUCCAUGUACGACAUAUCUAGAGGAAAAACAACUAAUGUUCCCAGUAAAAAGACACAAGACAAACUCGUUACUGAUAAUGUCGAGAUUAUAACAUUGGAUGAUUGAGACAUCAAUGUGCGGGGGUUUAUUUUACAUAUGCAAUUAUUUUGUAAUGUAAAUUUUUUUUUCAAAGAUAAUUUACUAAAUUGGCUCAAUAUGAUAUGAAUCAUUAAUUAAUUCUUUGCAUUGAAAUGACAAAUUACAUAUAUAAUUGCAAUUAUAU